UUGGCUGUGUUUUGAUUCUCCCGACUCAAUGGUUCACAUCAUCUUCUGCCUCACUGGUUAAACAAAUAUGAUACCAUUUCUAGAUUUCUAGUUUCUAGAUAUCAAAUGUUUUUUAUGUAAACAGGAAACAUUAUUAACUCUGGCUCAUAGCUAACUUAGUAAAUACAGGCUUGUCCUCACCGGGGCCUGAUUCCUCCACCGUCCAGUGGGUGGCGGUGUGUUUGCUUUUUUUUACAUUGCGGGUCAACAAACAAAGCCAUUAGGAAGAGGAAGAAGAAGAAGUCCCGGGUGUUAAAGGUUCGUUGAUUGGUUACUUUAAGCAGGGAAGUUUGCCGGCGUGGUGCGCACUCCGCUCACAUUGGUGUCUCCGGUACGCUCCUGUUUAGCCUUCCCGCUUCUGCGCAGCUCGGUACGGCCAAAGCUAUUCAGCUUCCCCCUGUGUCUGUUUGCCCCUUGUGAGCAGCAUGUCUGAUUACGGCGGUCUUUCGACUAACGGAGUCGGCGCUGGGAUGAAAAAUGAUGCUUUUGCUGAUGCUGUACAACGAGCCAGACAGAUUGCAGCUAAAAUUGGUGGAGAUGGAGUUCCCGCAGUGAGCAACAACGGAGGUGCUGAGAACUAUCCAUACGCAGCACAGAAAAGAUCCCUGGAAGAAGCAGAUGAACCUGAUGCUAAGAAGGUAGCAUCACAGAGCGAAAUUGAUUCUGCAUUGUCUAUUGGAGCUCAGCUGGCUGCCCUGUCUCAACAAAGUGUUAGGCCCUCCACAAUUACAGAAGAGUGCAGAGUGCCUGAUGGCAUGGUCGGUCUGAUCAUUGGCAGAGGAGGUGAACAGAUUAACAAAAUACAGCAGGAUUCUGGUUGCAAGGUCCAGAUCGCACAUGACAGUGCUGGUCUUUCAGAAAGAAGUGUUUCUCUGACCGGCUCACCAGACGCCGUAGAGAGAGCCAAGGCACUUAUUGAUGACAUAGUGUCAAGGGGUCAUGAGUCAUCCAAUGGACAGACAGGUUCCAUGCAGGAGAUGAUCAUCCCUGCAGGCAAGGCUGGCCUUAUUAUAGGCAAAGGAGGAGAGACCAUUAAACAGCUACAGGAGCGUGCUGGAGUUAAAAUGAUUCUUAUUCAAGAUGGAUCCCAGGGUCCCAACAUCGAUAAACCCCUGCGCAUCAUUGGAGACCCUUACAAAGUGCAGCAAGCAAAGGAUAUGGUUAAUGAGAUUCUACGAGACAGGGAUCAUGCAGGUUUUGGAGACCGGAAUGAAUACGGAUCGAGGAUGGGUGGAGGUGGUGGCGGCGGCGGCGGCAAUGGGGGUGGCGGCAUCGAUAUAGCUGUUCCCCGUCACUCUGUGGGAGUUGUAAUUGGUCGAAAUGGGGAGAUGAUCAAGAAGAUCCAGAGUGAUGCUGGAGUGAAGAUACAGUUUAAACCAGAUGAUGGUACAGGUCCUGACAAAAUAGCCCAUAUUAUGGGUCCACCUGACCAGUGUCAGCAUGCUGCCUCAAUCAUCACUGAUCUGCUACAGAGCAUAAGGGCCCGAGAGGAGGGUGGACAGGGGGGUCCCCCAGGUGGAGGUAUGCUGCCUGGUGGGCGAGGACGGGGAAGAGGCCAGGGAAACUGGGGUCCUCCAGGAGGAGAGAUGACCUUCUCCAUUCCUGCACACAAAUGUGGGCUCGUCAUUGGCAGAGGAGGAGAGAAUGUCAAGUCCAUCAACCAACAGACCGGUGCAUUUGUGGAGAUAUCUCGUCAGCCUCCACCAAACGGUGACCCAAACUUCAAACUGUUCAUCAUCCGAGGGUCUCCGCAACAGAUUGACCAUGCAAAACAGCUUAUAGAGGAGAAGAUUGAGGCUCCACUGUGCCCAGUUGGUGGUGGUGGUGGACCAGGUCCAGGAGGCCCAGGUGGUCCAAUGGGUCCCUAUAAUCCCAACCCUUAUAAUGCAGGGCCACCUGGUGGUGCUCCUCAUGGUGCUGCACCCGGUGGUCCCCAGUUCUGUCCCCAGGGUUGGGGAAAUAACUAUCAGCAGUGGCAAGCUCCAGGUCAACAUGACCCUAGUAAGGCAACAGCAGACCCGAAUGCUGCAUGGGCGGCUUACUACGCACAGUAUUAUAGCCAACAGCCAGGAGGUGCCAUGCCAGCCCCAACACCUGGAGCUACUGCAGCAGCAGCACCAGGAGAUCAGAGCCAGGCAGCACAGGCGCCUGGGGGCCAGCCAGACUACACGAAGGCUUGGGAGGAGUACUACAAGAAGAUGGGCAUGACCCAGCCAGCUGGAGGGGCAGCAGCUGCUCCUAGUGCAGCACCAGCUGCCACUGCAGCAGCAGGAGGAGCUGCAGCUGGAGGCCAGCAGGACUACAGCGCAGCCUGGGCUGAGUACUACAGACAGCAGGCUGCCUACUAUGGACAGGGAGGGCAGGCGCCUGGUCAGGCAGCUGCUCCACAGCAGGGACAACAGCCCCAGUAAACGAUUGGCCUGGUCGGUUGGAUGGUUGCAAUGGCUCUCUGGACUUGUUUUUUUUUUUUCUAUCGAGAUUUCAUUUUUGGCUUUAACAAGACAACACCACAGUUUACUCAUCUACCCAGACAUUUUCUAUUCCAACAUUCUUGUUUUUUAAAGUCAAAAUUGAAGAACGAAAAAAGGGAACACAUUUUGUCCAUGCAUUGAACAAAGCACUAUAUAACUACAUGGGUUUCGAUUCAGUUUGUCCCUGAAUCGGUUUCACGUCUCCCACAACUUCUUAUACAUCUUAUCCUCUCUCUUUUUUUUUUUUUUUUUUUAAAAAUGUGAAAUGACAAGCAUCUUUGCUUACAAGCUCGCACAGCAGCAUCUCAACACUGACUGACAUUUAAGAAGUUUUUAUCCAUCAGUUUCUUGAGGGUAAAAUGCAGUCUAGCAGUAUUUUGAAUAUAUUCAGAAAUUAUGUUUGUAAGAAAAUACAGAAAUGGGUUUUUUUUGUUUGUUUUUUUUUCUUUUCUUGUUCUUGGUACAUUUUUUUUUUCUUUUCUUUUUAAACUUCAUUUUUAAAAACAUUCCCAGUGUUUAAAUUGCAGGUGCAUUUCUUCCUGCUGUCAUGAUUUCUUAGUUUUAAUUUUAUUCAGUGUAAUUAUUUUCCUUGAUGGGGGUGUGUGUGUGUGUGUCUGUAUAGUGUAUGCUACUGAACAGAAAAUGUGUGCAAGUUGGCUAUAAUAAGGCAGUAACUGUCCUACAGUAUGUAGGUUGGUUGUGUGUGCAUGGAUGUAUUGGUGUGCUUGACUGCCCCCCUUUUUAAUUUCUUUAUCGUUGGAGAUGCAUUUCUUUUUUUUUUGUUUUUUUUGUUCCAAUAGGUUCCGUUACUGUAUGCUGAUUUUUUUUUUCUUUUUUUAAUGUUAUUUUUUACAGCUUGUUUUUAAAUACUUAAAUAAAAAGGUUCAAAUCA